ACGGUCGCCUCAUAGUGUAACCUCGGUCGGGGCCGAUAGAGGAAAGGAAGCCGAGCGAAGCGAGAGGUGGCGAUGGCGGAAGUGGCGAGCAGGGUGGUGCACGAGGUGCUGGGGCGGAGGGUGGAGGACGUGGACGCGCCCAUAAUCAACUACAUCAUCAACGUCCUCGCUGACGACGACUUCGACUUCGGGGCCGACGGUGACGGCGCCUUUGAUGCUGUCGGCGAGCUCCUCGUCGACUCAGGAUGUGUACAGGACUAUGCCGAGUGCCGAUCUGUUUGCAGCAAGCUUUCAGAAAGAUUUGGAAAACAUGGUUUGGUGAAACCUAAACUGGCUGUUCGAAGUUUAGCAACACCUUUGCGAAUGAAUGAUGGGAUGGAUGCAGAUGAAACACCAAAGAAACAGCAGGAAGUGCUUGAUGGUCCAAUGCUAUCUGAACGUGAUAAAGCGAAGCUAGAAAGGAAAAAGAGGAAGGAGGAGCGACAAAGAGAGGCUCAAUACCAAGUGCAUUUGGCUGAAAUGGAGGCUGUAAAAGCUGGGAUGCCAGUUGUGCUUGUAAAUCAUGAUGGAAGCAAUAAUGGUCCAGCUGUCAGGGACAUCCACAUGGAGAACUUUACAGUUUCAGUCGGUGGUCGGGAUCUCAUUCAAGAUGCUUCAGUGACCCUCACAUUUGGAAGGCACUAUGGUCUUGUUGGUAGAAAUGGUACUGGGAAAACAUCUUUUCUGAGACAUAUGGCCAUGCAUGCUAUUGAUGGUAUUCCUAAAAACUGUCAAAUAUUACAUGUGGAACAAGAAGUUGCUGGAGAUGAUACAACAGCUCUGCAAUGUGUCCUAAAUUCCGAUGUUGAGAGGAUGAGGCUCUUGGAAGAAGAAGCCCAUUUACUUUCUCAGCAGAGAGAACUAGAAUACGAGGAAGAAACAGGAAAGAGUAAUGGUAAAGUUAAUGGCGGGAUGAAUAAAGAUGCAAUUUCAAAGAGGCUUGAGGAGGUGUACAAAAGGCUUGAGUUCAUUGAUGCAGAUUCUGCAGAGUCACGUGGCUCAUCAAUUCUGGCGGGUCUUAGUUUCACUUCCGAGAUGCAGAAAAGGCCUACGAAAGCAUUUUCUGGUGGAUGGCGUAUGCGUAUAGCUCUAGCACGUGCACUAUUUAUUGAGCCUGAUCUUCUAUUGCUUGAUGAACCUACGAAUCAUCUUGAUCUUCAUGCUGUAUUGUGGUUGGAAUCCUACCUAGUGAAGUGGCCAAAGACGUUUAUUGUAGUUUCUCAUGCAAGAGAGUUUUUGAAUACGGUAGUUACAGAUAUUUUACACUUACAUGGAAAAAAGCUUACUGCUUACAAAGGGGACUAUGAUACGUUUGAGAGGACAAAAGCUGAGCAGCUCCAAAACCAACAAAAGGCCUUCGAAUCAAGUGAGAAGGCUAGAGCACACAUGCAGGCUUUUAUUGAUAAGUUUCGGUACAAUGCCAAGCGGGCAUCUCUUGUUCAGUCAAGAAUCAAGGCACUUGACCGAAUGGGUACUGUAGAUGCAGUUAUUAAUGAUCCAGACUACAAAUUUGAUUUCCCAACUCCCGAUGAUAGACCAGGGCCUCCAAUCAUAAGUUUCAGUGAUGUAUCAUUUGGUUAUCCAGGAGGGCCUCUUUUGUUUAAGAAUUUGAAUUUUGGAAUUGAUCUUGACAGCCGCAUAGCAAUGGUUGGUCCAAAUGGUAUUGGCAAGUCAACCAUUCUCAAAUUAAUAUCCGGAGAACUUCAACCAACUUCCGGAACAAUGUUUCGUUCUGCAAAGGUUCGCAUGGCUGUAUUUAGUCAGCACCACGUAGAUGGGCUUGACUUAUCUUCAAAUCCCUUACUCUACAUGAUGCGAUGCUAUCCAGGAGUACCUGAACAGAAACUUAGGGCUCAUUUGGGUUCGUUUGGCGUGACAGGCAAUCUUGCACUUCAGCCAAUGUACACACUAUCAGGUGGUCAGAAGAGCAGGGUGGCAUUUGCAAAGAUCACUUUCAAGAAGCCACAUAUAGUUCUGCUUGAUGAGCCAUCCAACCAUCUAGACUUGGAUGCGGUUGAAGCACUCAUCCAGGGUCUUGUGAUCUUCCAAGGAGGGGUUCUAAUGGUGAGUCAUGAUGAACAUUUGAUAUCUGGGAGUGUGGGCGAGCUGUGGGUGGUUGCGGAGGGCAGGGUGGCACCUUUCUCGGGGACAUUCCAGGAUUACAAGAAGAAGCUCAAGGCUUCUGGAAUUUAGGUCAUUAACCAACUAAAUGUGCCAUCCCGUAGCCCAUAAAGUAAAAUUGUUUUUUCCCAUAAAUUUUGUUGUUACACAUAGGACAUCCGAUGUAUUGUGAUUUUGGGCUGUGUCGAAGAUUCUUGUGAACAAUAUAAAAUUUUUGGUUUACAAAAAUGUUU